UAUUAAUAUCCGCGACAUCUUCACUAUAUAAGUGAGUAUUGUUGAUGAGCGAGUCAGUGAGUCAGUUACCGAGUGUGUCCAUACAACGCCUAGCAAUAUGAAGGUUCUGUUCCUGGUAGCCGUCAUCUCUCUGGCGAGCGGUGAGUCUGUGAGCCGUGACAAGCGCAGCUUCGGUCCCGUGGGCCUGCAGCAGGCCGGAGUCCAGGCCGGGGCCCUGCAGACCACCUCACUCCAGUCCAACACGGAGCAGUCCACCUCAUACCAGUCCAACACUCGCCAGACCACCGUCCUGAACUCCGUGGUUCAACCUUCCUACCACUACCAACAGCCGCAGCAGGUUCACCGACCUGUCUACAACGUGCAACCCGCGUACUCGGCACCACAACAGGAGUAUCACGUGCAGGAACCCGUUUCGUACACCUACCCCAUCAAUAGAGUCGUCUACCGGGAGCCGCUCCAGACCUACGCCCCCGUCCAGAACUACCAGCCCAUCCAGACUUACACUCCGAUCCAGACCUACAGACCGGUGGAGACCUACAGACCCGUAGAGACCUACAGACCAUUAGAGAUCUACAGACCGGUCCAGACCGUACAGACCGUCCAGACCGUGCCCAUCAGAACCUACAACCACGCUCCACUCGUGUACCAGAGGAACGGGGGCUGGAACUCGAACCCAUGGUGCUGAAUAAUACAGAGUUUAGAAGAAAACGGUUGAAAACGCACUGACAAACAACGCGGCCACCAAAUGUAACAUUAUACUAUAUUAAAGACAGAAGAUCGACUGAACCCAGCGAAACUACAAACAAUAAUAAGUGACGUUCUGAACCGAGUGACUGAGGACAGGAGGACGCCAGGGAACAGCUCGCGUGUACUACAACAGGCAAUAUAAAACAAUACUUUAUUGUUUUAUUUUGUAUCUUUCUCAACAGAUUUAUCAUUUAUAUAAGACGUGUGGCAUGCGUUGCCUGGUGUACGUCGUGUGUGACAGAGACAUAGAUCAAAUUACAGAUUUCAAUUAAUGUGACAAGUGUCAUUUCAGUCUGAAGACUGUUCCUUCAAGCUUUGACUUUUUUUGAGGAUUUUUGCAUAGAACUCUUGGAUGUAGCAUUCACAGUGACGUGCCGUGACAUAUUUUACGCUUUCCAUUUAUUUUUUAAUAUAUAAUUAUAUGAUCAGAUGUUUA